AUGUUUCGAACAGGUGGCAAGGGCACCCCCCGAAGGACGCAGAAGCGUGGUGUUGCCGGCCGCUCCGCCGGUGACGACAAGAAGCUUCAGGCUUCCCUGAAGAAGCUCAACGUCCAGCCCAUCCAGGCUAUCGAGGAGGUCAACAUGUUCAAGUCUGACGGCAACGUCAUCCACUUCGCCGCGCCCAAGGUCCACGCCGCCGUCCCCGCCAACACCUUCGCCGUCUACGGCAACGGUGAGGACAAGGAGCUCACCGAGCUUGUCCCUGGCAUCCUCAACCAGCUCGGCCCCGACUCCCUCGCCUCCCUCCGCAAGCUCGCCGAGAGCUACCAGAACAUGCAGAAGGGCGAGAAGGACGGCGAUGAGGACGACAUCCCCGACCUCGUCGAGGGAGAGAACUUUGAGAGCAAGGUCGAGUAA